AUGGCCUACAUGCAUGAUACGUCCUUGUUGGAGGCUGCACUGCGUUUGUUGAAGGAGUUGAUUGCGGCAGAGACUGAUAUUCCUGCGGAUGAGCAGCGCAUUGUGUACUCCGGCAAGAUUCUCAAAGACACAGACGAACUGCGGGCACGAGGCUUUCGGACCGGUCACACCUUGCACGUUGUUCGGGGCGGGGACUUUAUGGCGCAGAUGAUGGAGUCACCGAUGAUGCAGCAGAUGGUUGACCAGAUGAUGUCCAACCCGGAGAUGAUGGAGGGCAUUGUGCGCGCCGACCCGCGCCUGCGCACCCUCCUCGACCAGAACCCGGAGCUCAGACAGGCCAUGCGCGACCCACAGAUCAUGCGCCAGAGCCUUGCGAUGGCGCGCAACCCGCGUCUUCGGGAGGAGUUUCUUCGGCAGCAGGACCGCGCCAUCUCCAACCUGGAGGCCAUGCCCGGCGGUUUCAACCACCUCCGCCGCAUCACACGAGACGUGAUUCACCCGAUGGAGGAUGCCAUGCGUGCGCGGGGCCGUGGUGGCGGCGAUGACAAUGGUGGCGAUGAUGAGGAUGAUGAGCCAAAUGCGUUUGAUGCGCUGUUUGCGGACGACGACGCUAGCAGCCGCGCCCGUCCAAACGAGGAGGCUCUGCCAAACCCAUGGUCCUCCGCUCCACAGGCAAACCAGCAGCAACAACAGCAACAGCAGCAGCAGGCGCCACCGAACCCCUUUGCAGGGCUGUUUGGUUCGCCGUUUGGGCCAAGCACGGGCGCUGCCAAUGGCACGUCAUCCCCGUCGUCAGCACAGCAACAACAACAACAACAACAACAGGGCGGGUUCCCGUUUGGCGGGUUUAUGCCACCAUCAAUGAUGACGGGGCAGUGGGGGUGGCCGUCACAGCAACAGCAACAGCAACAGAGCACGAGCACGACAGCACCAACAGGGUCGACACAGCCAGCAACGACUGGUGCCACGACACCCUCGGCACCGACGCCAGGUGCACCUGGGCAGGCGCCUUCCUCGCGGUACUCGAGCGAGUUGCAGCAGCUGCAGGACAUGGGCUUUACCGACGAGGCAGCGAACAUUGCAGCGCUGCAAGCGACCAACGGCAAUGUACAUUUGGCGGUGCAGCGGCUGCUGGGCCAGUGA